AUGUGUGGUAACAACAUGUCUGUCCCCCUCCUCGCUGACGCAGUGACUGUCUCAGGGGCAGAGCGGGAGACUGCCGCGGUCAUUUUUUUACAUGGCCUUGGAGACACGGGGCACAGCUGGGCUGACGCUCUCUCCUCCAUCCGCCUCCCCUACGUGAAAUAUAUUUGCCCUCACGCGCCCCGGAUCCCGGUGACCCUCAACAUGAAGAUGGUUAUGCCCUCCUGGUUUGACCUGAUGGGGUUGACUCCAGAUGCACCUGAGGACGAAGCUGGGAUCAAGAAAGCUGCAGAAAACAUCAAAGCAAUUAUCGAGCAUGAGAUGAAGAAUGGGAUCCCACCCAACCGCAUCAUCCUGGGGGGCUUCUCACAGGGCGGCGCCUUGUCGCUGUACACGGCUCUCACCUGCCAGCACCAGCUGGCCGGCAUCGUGGCGCUCAGCUUCUGCCUCCCGCUGCACAAAGCCUUCCCGCAGGCAGCGAAUAACGGUGUGAACAAGGACAUCGCCAUCCUGCAGUGCCAUGGGGAGAUGGACCCCAUGAUCCCUGUCCGCUUCGGGGCCCUCACUGCUGAGAAGCUGAAAUCUGUCGUCACUCCCACCAAGGUCCAGUUCAAAACCUACCCUGGCGUGAUGCACAGUUCCUGUCCUCAGGAGAUGAUGGCAGUGAAGGAGUUCAUUGAGAAGCUGCUGCCCCGGAUCUAA